CUAGAUGCAUUGUUUACAUAUUGGAACAAGGCUACAAAAUCUGAACUCAUGGACUUUUUCACGAUUACAGAAGUAUGCUUACAUCAGUUCCAGUACAUGGGAAAACGAUACAUAGCCAGGAACCAGGAGGGGUUAGGAUCCAUAGUUCAUGAUCGAAAAUCUCAGACAUUGCCUGUUUCCCGUAACAGAACAGGAAUGAUGCAUGCCAGAUUGCAGCAGCUGAGCAGCCUGGAUAACUCUCUCACUUUUAACCACAGCUAUGGCCAUUCAGAUGCAGAUGUCCUUCACCAGUCUUUACUUGAAGCAAAUAUUGCCACCGAAGUUUGCCUUACAAUUCUGGAUACUCUAUCAUUAUUCACAAUGGCUUUUAAG